CCAGGCUCCAGCAGCGAGGGGCGAGGGGCUGGAUAAAACCAGGCGCUCGCCAGGACAGCAGACAGCGCUCCAGCAGACAGCAGACAGCAGCGGCGACAGGAGCACCGCGCUAUCAGAACAGGAAGCAAUCCAAAGAAGAAGAAGAAUGAGGACGGCGGUGUCUGCGCUGACAGCGCUCCUGGCGGUCGCGGCGGCGGCCAAGCUGAAGCCAGCUUCAGAGUACUUCGACAAAAUUUGCAGCUACACCGACCCGAAGCUAAACGAGUGCAUUAAGAACACAGUGCAGGCGCUAAGGCCUAAGUUACAAGAAGGCAUCAAGGACCUGGGUCUGCCCUCGCUGGAGCCGCUGUUCAUCGAGCAGCUCGUGUUCGAGGAGGGCUCCGGCAACUACAAGUUCCGCCAGGUCAUGAGCAACGUGAGCGUGUUCGGCCUGAGCCAGUUCUCCGUGCAGGAGGUCAAGACUGACCUGUCCAAGUACUACCUGGAGAUGGACAUGAGGACGCCCUACAUGAGGUUCGAAGGUCACUACGAGAUGGAGGGCAAGAUACUGCAGCUGCCCAUCGCCGGCAACGGGGAGUGCGUGUACAACUUCACUGGUGUGCGCACGGUUGCCUACACGCAAGGGGAACUGGUGACCAGAGAAGGGCAGGAGUACUUCCACGUGAAGGACCUCAAGUGGAAGAUAGAAGUGGAGGACGCUCACAGUCACUUCACCAACCUCUUCAACGGCGACAAGAACCUCGGAGAAGCGACCAACACCUUCCUGAACGAGAACUGGAAGGAGGCCUUCACCACCUUCAAGUACCUGGCCGAGGACGCAUUCGGCAUCCUGUUCAAGGACCUCGCCAACCGGGUGUACAGCAAGUUCCCCGUCAAGGAGCUGGUCAAGGACUGGCCCCAGGGGCAGUCCUCCUAGUCCCCCCCCCCCCGGGUCUCACAGCAGCGGGCGCAGGUCGAGACCUGCUCCAGGUGUUCAGCCGUCAGAGGACUGCCUCUCUCCACUUGGGUCUCGGCCGAUACUUCCAUCCAUCCAGCCAACACUGUGUACAACAACUCACUCGAACUGGCUCAGUUGAAAACAAAACAUCAUGUAUUUAAACUUGUUUGUAAAAUCAUGUGAUGAAAAAAAAAUAUGUUUCACAUUUCACUCAAAAAAAAAUAUUUUUAAAACAAAAAAUGACUCAUGAUUAAUUAUUUUGUAAGAGCUGAAACUGUAAACUUAAUUAUGUGCAUUGACGUGAUAACGUCUUAUAAAUCGAUGAACGCCGGCUGGACGCACGGAAAUAACCUUGACUCAUUGUCACGUUCCGCCUGAGCCGAGCGUGCAAGAACCAGCAAACCACCGUGGUGAGAAAAUCUUCUAUAAUAUCAUCAAACAGGUUAAGGCGGGAUUUUUAAAAGCAGCAAUUUUAAAAAAAAAAAUUAUUUAUUUGUCCAAUUUCGUCAUAUCAAAUUAACAAUUUAUUGACAUUGAUUUGAUUUCAGUUUAUUUCUAUAACUAAUUGUUCGUGAUUAUAUUUAAACAAAUUAUUUAAUUUAAAUUUACAAAAAGUGUAAAUAAUAUUUGAAAAUUAAAAAGUAUGCAAUUUUUCAUCAAUGUUUUCUUAUGACGUUAUCACGUAAAAUUAUCGUCCGUAAACCGACUUCAGACAAACCCCCCUUCCUUUUAUUUUUUAAAGUGACAAACAACCAGUCAUUAUAUAACAGAUUUUUUUUACCACAAAUCACAAUAUUAUGUAUAAUGUUCGCAGGCUUUCACGGUCAUUGUCUGAAGUAGCUUGGAUACUUACUUACCUAGUUGGUUAGCUGCUCCCUGAUGAUGGCGUCUACAAUGCCGACCAAAACGUCGGUGAAUUAUUCGCCAAGGACACGGCUACAACCCAGACGCCAAGCUACUUCACAAUAUCAUGUGUUUAAAACUGGACAGUAUCGGUUAUAUACAAAGCAAUUGGAAAAACGGAGUGAAGAUGGUAUAAAUUACCUGUACAAACUGUGUAGUUCACUGUCAAGCUCUAAUCUGGGAAUGGAACUCGUCUCUGCCCCGUGCGGCCGCAUGCACGACUGAGAGACAUGUUCAGUCAGAAGUGAUCGGAGUGUCACGUGACCGUUUUGAUGUUUGUUCGUUUCACACUGUUUCAUGAACUAACAAUACACUGUAGGUAGGUCUGGAGUCUUCGAUAACACACAUCUCUGACGGAGUUGAAACCGUUUAUUUAUUUAUUUAUUUACAUUUAGGGUAUUUACAUUUAGGGUAUAGAGAACGUCAAUAAUUGCACAUAUAAAUUAUAACAAAGAUUACAAAUUGAUAAAAACAAAUACGACAUAUUAACGCCUAUCGGGCGUAACACUUGCAUACAGUUUGUACUGGCUACACGAAAACCGGCAUGUACUUCCUACCACGUUGAUGGCCUGAAAAAUUUAUUUUUUAAUAAUUUAUAGUGUUAUUUUUAUAAUAAAUGAUUGAAAUGACGCAUCACAUUCGUGCGCACAUUCAUUUUGAUGAAAUAUAAAGUUUUAAAGUGCUUGAUUAGUGAUAUUGUUCAAAUCCAAGACCAACACCACAAAACGUGAAACAAUUCGUCUUCGAGCUAUAUUAGUUUAUCGUACCAAUGCAAGUGACGGAAGCAUUUUACGCUUCGUUAUACAAACUUAUAGUAUUCCAGAAAAAAAAAGAGAAA